CGCGAGCGAGCGCAGCGACCUUGCGGCGGAGAAGCGCGGGCGCUCCCCGACCUCCAGCUCCUCCUCCUCCUCCUCCUCCGAUGGCCACUGCCACCGCCUCCCGCCUCGCCGUACCAGCGCCGCGGCCGUCGCAGCCCUCGCAGGGGCGCCGCCGACCGGCUGCCUUCUCCUCCGCUCCGUCCCGCCAGCGCGCCGCCCUCUCCGCCGCCUCCCGUGGCCGCGUCGUCUGCCCUGCCGCCCCCGCCUCCGCGCCGGCGUCCACCGCCGACGCCGGCCAGGACCGCCUCCAGAAGGUUCCCAUUUCGAACAUCAGGAACUUCAGCAUCAUUGCGCAUAUCGACCACGGGAAAUCGACGCUGGCGGAUAAGCUGCUCGAGUUCACCGGGACGGUGCAGAAAAGGGAGAUGAAAGAGCAAUUCCUUGAUAACAUGGACCUGGAAAGGGAGAGAGGGAUCACCAUCAAAUUGCAGGCAGCUCGGAUGCGUUACAUCAUGAACAAUGAGCCUUACUGCCUGAAUUUAAUUGAUACACCAGGCCAUGUUGAUUUUUCAUAUGAGGUUUCCCGUUCUCUUGCUGCUUGCGAGGGUGCACUUCUGGUUGUUGAUGCCUCUCAGGGUGUUGAAGCCCAGACAUUAGCAAAUGUGUAUCUUGCACUGGAAAAUGACCUUGAAAUCAUACCGGUACUAAACAAAAUAGAUCUUCCUGGUGCUGAACCUGAUCGUGUCGCCCAGGAGAUUGAAGAGAUAAUUGGAAUGGACUGCAGUAAUGCAAUUCGUUGCUCAGCAAAGGAGGGCAUUGGCAUCACUGAGAUACUAGAUGCCAUUGUGACUAAGGUACCCCCACCACAGGACACUGCAAAAAGUCCUCUCAGGGCUCUUAUAUUUGACAGUUAUUAUGAUCCAUACAGAGGUGUAAUUGUGUAUUUUCGAGUUGUUGACGGCAGUAUAAAGAAAGGGGAGAAAAUAUGUUUUAUGGCUAGCGGAAAGGAAUAUGUUGCUGAUGAAAUUGGAGUAUUAUCUCCCAACCAGAUGCAAGUUAAUGAACUCUAUGCUGGCGAGGUUGGUUAUCUUUCUGCAUCCAUAAGAUCAGUUGCAGAUGCCAGGGUUGGUGAUACAAUUACUCAUUCUUCAAAAAGAGCAGAACGUGCUCUACCAGGAUAUUCUGAAGCUACCCCAAUGGUUUUCUGCGGCUUGUUUCCUAUAGAUGCGGAUCAGUUUGAGGAGUUGCGAGACGCAUUGGAAAAGCUUCAGCUAAAUGAUGCUGCCCUAAAGUUUGAACCAGAAUCUUCCAGUGCCAUGGGUUUUGGCUUCAGAUGUGGGUUUCUUGGUCUUCUUCAUAUGGAGAUUGUCCAGGAAAGGCUUGAGAGAGAGUACAACUUGAACUUAAUAAUUACUGCACCAAGUGUGGUUUACCAUGUCAACUUAGCUGAUGGUGAAACUGUUGAAUGUUCGAAUCCAUCCUUGCUUCCAGAACCUGGUAAAAGGAGAUCCAUUGAAGAACCAUAUGUAAAGAUUGAAAUGCUGACACCAAAAGAGUAUAUCGGCCCAAUAAUGGAGCUGGGUCAAGAGAGAAGAGGUGAAUUCAAGGAAAUGAACUUCAUCACAGAAAAUAGGGCAUCGGUUGUUUAUGAGCUACCACUAGCUGAGAUGGUUGGUGAUUUCUUCGAUCAACUGAAAUCUCGAAGCAAAGGAUAUGCAAGCAUGGAAUAUUCACUUAUCGGGUACAGAGAAAGUAACCUAGUAAAGCUGGAUAUACAAAUCAAUGGUGAUCCUGUGGAGGCACUGUCAACAAUUGUGCAUAGAGAUAAGGCAUACUCUGUCGGGAGAGCUCUAACUCAAAAGCUAAAAGAGCUUAUACCUCGGCAAAUGUUUAGAGUGCCUAUUCAAGCAUGUAUAGGUGCAAAGGUCAUUGCAAGUGAAGCCCUGUCAGCCAUCAGGAAGGAUGUCUUAUCAAAAUGCUAUGGGGGUGAUAUAUCGAGAAAAAAGAAGUUGCUGAAGAAACAGGCUGAAGGAAAGAAGAGGAUGAAAGCAAUAGGAAGGGUUGAUGUUCCUCAAGAAGCAUUUAUGGCAGUGUUGAAACUAGAAAAGGAGGUGCUGUGAAAUGGUAGGUUGCAAUCAGCAGACAGCAGCACAGGUCUCUCGUCUGUGUAAAGAUCUCUGUUUGGCCUCAACUGCUGGAAGAUAAUUCAUUUGAGAGGAAAUGCUCUUGUUUUCAACUCUCCAAUAGCUGGCCCAAAGAAACCAAUCGACUACAGAAGUACAGAUCGGCGUCGUAAACUAAGCUGACACGCACAGAUUUUUGUUCAAUUUGUCAGGCUAUUAUGAAGCCCAGAAAAUGAUGUUCUUGCACAACUCUGCCAGGUACCUGUACGGUAUUCUUUUAAUCAUAGCAAAUAGGUCAGUAUGCCAUUUUGUUUGGUUAUCGUGUAAUUGCUUCAGAAAAGGUCGUCGUGUUAUUAAAUUAUUUGUAAUGCUAAGUUCACGCGUCCUCUUAAUUAAAUUGCUUACGUAUGUGGACAAUGGAAUAAGAAUACGUUAAUGUAGAAAAAAAAGUUAAGGUCAGCUUACUUAGACAGAAUAUUGUAAAAUGGACAUAAAAAACAUUUGCAGUUGCAGUA